CGUGACGUCAUUUACGCGACGGCGGCGGCUGUCUGUUUGACGGUGUACCUGCCGGCCGCCCAGAAGGAUGGAGCCUCCGAGUCCGGACGGAGCGCGGCACUCGGGGCCGGCGGGCGCCAGAAAACAGUUAUUGGACCUGCCCUGGGAAGACAUCCUCUUCCCACAUGUUCUCUCGUAUCUCCCUCUGAGGCAACUCCUGAGCCUGCAGAGGGUCAGCAAGGCAUUUCAGUCUCUAAUCCAGCUUUACCUCACCAACAUGCGCUGCUUUGAUUCUAGGCAGGUGGGGCCAAACAUUCCAAAAGCUGCAUUCUGCAUCCUGCUAAAAGACAAUGAGGUGUUGCAACAGCUGGCAGUACAGAACUGUUCCGAUUGGCUGUCUGACAAGGAGCUGCUUCCUGUGAUUGGCCAGAACCACCAUUUGCAGCAAAUUGAGUUGAAUGGCUGCGUACAGCUGAGUCGCCAUGCCCUGGUGGCCAUCUCUUUGAGCUGCCCCAAUUUGCGCCGGCUUUCUCUGGCUCAUUGCGAGUGGGUGGACAGCCUGUCCCUGCGGAGCCUGGCUGACCACUGCAAGGAGCUUGAGUCCCUGGACCUUACAGCCUGUCGGCAGCUGAAAGAUGAAGCCAUCUGUUACCUUGCACAGAGGUGUAACAGACUGAAGUCCCUCUCGCUGGCUGUCAACGCGAAUGUGGGUGAUGCUGCAGUGGAGGAGAUUGCCAAAGCCUGUCCUGAACUGGAGCACCUCGACCUCACAGGCUGCCUGCGGGUCAAGAACAACUCCAUUAGGACCUUGGCAGAGUACUGCCCCAAGCUGCGUGCUCUGAAGGUGAAGCACUGCCACGACGUGGUAGAAUCCAGCCUCAGCAUCCUUCGCAAUCGUGGUGUGGAGGUAGACGUGGAACCUCCACUACAGCGCGCCCUGGUUCUCUUGCAAGAUGUAGUGGGUUUUGCCCCGUUUAUCAAUCUUCAGAUCUAAUGAAGGGAGGGCGCUGUUCAGCGGUCCCUGGUGACUGCCUGUGGGAAGACCUGUCGGAUACUGCUGCUGAGGAGCUCAAGAGGCAGAGAGGGUUUACGUCUCAUCCCUUCAAGCCGGGCUGGUUCUGAUCUACCAAUACCGCUUGUUGGGUACCUGUACGCGCAUUAGAAAAACCAAACCCACUUGCAUUACAAUGGACAACAAGGAUGUGUUUUGAUGCAUCCUGGCUAACAGAUACAUAGCAUUACAUUCAAGGAUAUUCUAGAGUUGGACUUUGGGCUUGCUGCUGUGAAGUGACUGCUGACAGCAGUUUCAUUGAUGUUGAACGCAUUUGACUCAACUGCACUUCAUGUGGACCUCCAAAGAUAAAAAGGGAUUUUGGGAUGGGUGGGCAGAAUCUAUAAUCACUGGAGAGUAACGUUGACAGCUGGCAAUAUUAGUAUGACUUCCUUUCUGCUUUGAGUUGAGUGCUGGAGAAGUCCUACCACACAGAUCCUUCCUUCAGGUGUGCAACUGACUGUUGUGCCCUUAAAGGCGUCAGGGUAGAUAUAAGAGUGCUGGUACCAGACUGCUGAGAAAAGUGGCAAAUACCCUCCUGCUUUUAAUGGCAAAUGUGGAACACACCUGUGCUGGUGCAUGUAGCUUCUUCUGUGUGUGUGUGGUUAAAGGGGUGAUAUUUAUUAGAUACUCACCUUCUCGCAUCAAAGGUGAGAAUUG